UGAGUAUGAGUAUCGCUGAGGAACUAGAACUGUGAUAGUGUGUUGUUUGUUUAUUGUUUUGUGUAAACUGUAAUGUGUAAUGUAGUGUAAACAGUACGGACUAGAAUAUAAUUAACAGUGUUCUUCAGCAUUUUUGUGUUUUCUACAACGAGUAAUAUCCAAAAAUUUAUAGAAAAAUGGCUGCAGCUUCGGGAACGAUGACAUUUCAGGAGAAACAAGCAGAGAGAAUGAAGAAACUGAGAGAGCUUCACAGUAAAAGGAAUGAAGCACGCCAGUUGAAUCACCAAGAAGUAGUGGAAGAAGACAAGCGCAACAACCUCCCAACCAAUUGGGAAGCAAGGAAACGAAGAGCAGAGUGGAUUUUAAAUGAUGAAAAGAAAAGAAGAGAGGCUGAAGAAGGUGGUCAGGAUUAUGAUCGUGUGAAACUUCUCAACAUUGGAGCUUCGGAGGCUGAAAUACUUGAAAAAAAGAAGAAGAAGAAAAAUCCUGAUACAGGUUUUGCAGACUAUGAGCAAGCUACUAUCAGGCAGUACAACCGACUAGUAAAAAAUCUGAAGCCAGAUAUGGAACACUACAGUCGACAACGUGAAAAACUUGGAGAGGCUUUCUAUGGCAGCAGAAACACAAUUCUGCAUGGCUUGCAGGAAGACACAAAAGAGGGGGUUGACAGAAUGGUUGAAGAUUUGGAAAAACAGAUUGCCAAGAGGGAAAAAUACAGCCGCCGCCGCACCCACAAUGAUGAUGCUGAUAUCGAUUACAUCAAUGAACGUAACAUGAAUUUCAACAAGAAGUUGGAACGGUUCUAUGGUGAACACACAACAGAAAUUAAGCAGAAUCUUGAGCGAGGAACAGCUGUUUGAGUGAUUCUGAAAUACUAUUUCCAUCCAAAACUGUGUCACCUUACUUGGAACUCCUCAGGUGUUUGUUGUCAAAAACUAUUUUUUUCGUGAAUUCAGAUUGGCUGAUCGAAGAGUAAUUAAGUGGCUCCUUCUUAACCAUUUAGGAUAAAAGGAGAUACUGUAAAAAUAUAUAUGUAAAAUAGUUAUAAGUGAUGUACAAAUACAAAUUCCAGGUGGGAAUUUUUAUCUGGAAAAUAAAUGUACAUAGUGACACCAUGCC